AUGAGGAAGAGAGUAGCGUUGUUGCUGGUGCUAUGGCUGGCUAUGUCGGUGGGGACUUGGGGUGAGGAUCAGAACGCCGAAAACAAUGAUUCAUGGACUGGCUGGGCCCGUGACAAGCUCACAGAGGGACUUGGACUCAAAGGCGGGGAAGCAGGCUCUAAGUCCGCGGAAAGAGUGAACAAAGCAGCCUUCGUUCAAAAGUUUUUAGAAGGAGCUAUAUACUCUCUUGAAAAACAUCAAACAACCAAAGCUGAAGAGCUGAUGAAAGGAGCUAUGGAGUAUCUUUAUCAUGAUAACACAAUAAAAGAUAAAGCAGCCAAACUUGAGGAGUUCAUGAAAGAAGCUAUCAAGUAUCUUGAGCAAGAUAUGGUAGAAAAAGCAGAAAACGUGGUGAAAGGAGCUGUGCUGUAUCUUAAAGGCGAUGACGAAGACAACGAUGAAGAGAAAGGGAAAAGAGCGAAAUAUCUUGAAAAGGAUGAAAAGGAGAAAGUAGCAGCAGGAGUAAAUAAAGCAACCCUUGUUGAUUCAUUUCUGGAAGGAGCUUUAGCCUAUCUUGAACAACACCAAGUUGCGAAAGCUAUAGAUAUUAUGCAGGGAAUUGUACUGUAUGUUGCUCAAUCUGACGAAAUAAAAGAUAAAGCAGCCGCUGCUGAAGAGAUGAUCCAAGGAGCUUUGACGUAUCUUCAAGAGGACAAACUAGAGAAAGGUACAGAGAUGAUCCGUGAAGCUGCGAAGUAUCUUGAAAAGGACGAGGAUUACAAAGCAGCAAUUGGCAAGGGGAAAGGAGUGAAGUAUCUUGAAAAAGGUAAUGCAGAAAAGGGAAUAUUAAAAGCACAUUUUGUCGAAGAGGUUCUAAAGGGAGCUAUGUCCUAUCUUCAAGCAAAUCAUUUGGUCAAAGCUAAAGACGUUAUUCAAGGUGUGCAACAGUUUAUUGCUCAGGAUAAAACAUUAAAAGAUAAACGUGCCACAGCUGAACAAUUGCUCAAUGGAGCUUUUGGCUAUCUUGAACAAGAGAAAUCGGGGAAAGCGCAAAAAAUAAUCCAAGAAGCUAUAGAGUAUCUUGAAAACGACGAGGAUGUCAAAGAAGCAAAUAAAGUCUUUAAAGAAGCAGAAGCUAAGGAAGCUAAGUUGAGAGGAGUGAAGUAUCUUGAAAAGGAUGAAAAGAAGAAAGUAGCAGCAGGAGUAAAUAAAGCAACCCUUGUUGAUUCGUUUCUGGAAGGAGCUUUAGCCUAUCUUGAACAACACCAAGUGGCGAAAGCUAUAGAUAUUAUGCAGGGAAUUGUACUGUAUGUUGCUCAAUCUGACGAAAUAAAAGAUAAAGCAGCCGCUGCUGAAGAGAUGAUCCAAGGAGCUUUGACGUAUCUUCAAGAGGACAAACUAGAGAAAGGUACAGAGAUGAUCCGUGAAGCUGCGAAGUAUCUUGAAAAGGACGAGGAUUACAAAGCAGCAAUUGGCAAGGGGAAAGGAGCGAAGUAUCUUGAAAAAGGUAAUGCAGAAAAGGGAAUAUUAAAAGCACAUUUUGUUGAAGAGGUUCUAAAGGGAGCUAUGUCCUAUCUUCAAACAAAUCAUUUGGUCAAAGCUAAAGACGUAAUUCAAGGAGUGCAACAGUUUAUUGCUCAGGAUAAUACAUUAAAAGAUAAACGUGCCACAGCUGAACAAUUGCUCAAUGGAGCUUUUGGCUAUCUUGAACAAGAGAAAUCAGGGAAAGCGCAAAAAAUAAUCCAAGAAGCUAUAGAGUAUCUUCAAAACGACGAGGAUGUCAAAGAAGCAAAUAAAGUCUUUAAAGAAGCAGAAGCUAAGGAAGCUAAGUUGAGAGGAGUGAAGUAUCUUGAAAAGGAUGAAAAGGAGAAAGUAGCGGCCGGAGUAAAUAAAGCAACCCUUGUUGAUUCGUUUCUGGAAGGAGCUUUAGCCUAUCUUGAACAACACCAAGUGGCGAAAGCUAUAGAUAUUAUGCAGGGAAUUGUACUGUAUGUUGCUCAAUCUGACGAAAUAAAAGAUAAAGCAGCCGCUGCUGAAGAGAUGAUCCAAGGAGCUUUGACCUAUCUUCAAGAGGACAAACUAGAGAAAGGUACGGAGAUGAUCCGUGAAGCUGCGAAGUAUCUUGAAAAUGACGAGGAUUACAAAGCAGCAAUUGGCAAGGGGAAAGGAGCGAAGUAUCUUGAAAAAGGUAAUGCAGAAAAGGGAAUAUUAAAAGCACAUUUUGUUGAAGAGGUUCUAAAGGGAGCUAUGUCCUAUCUUCAAGCAAAUCAUUUGGUCAAAGCUAAAGACGUAAUUCAAGGAGUGCAACAGUUUAUUGCUCAGGAUAAUACAUUAAAAGAUAAACGUGCCACAGCUGAACAAUUGCUCAAUGGAGCUUUUGGCUAUCUUGAACAAGAGAAAUCAGGGAAAGCGCAAAAAAUAAUCCAAGAAGCCAUAGAGUAUCUUCAAAACGACGAGGAUGUCAAAGAAGCAAAUAAAGUCUUUAAAGAAGCAGAAGCUAAGGAAGCUAAGUUGAGAGGAGUGAAGUAUCUUGAAAAAGAUGAAAAGGAGAAAGUAGCAGCCGGAGUAAAUAAAGCAACCCUUGUUGAUUCGUUUCUGGAAGGAGCUUUAGCCUAUCUUGAACAACACCAAGUGGCGAAAGCUAUAGAUAUUAUGCAGGGAAUUGUACUGUAUGUUGCUCAAUCUGACGAAAUAAAAGAUAAAGCAGCCGCUGCUGAAGAGAUGAUCCAAGGAGCUUUGACGUAUCUUCAAGAGGACAAACUAGAGAAAGGUACGGAGAUGAUCCGUGAAGCUGCGAAGUAUCUUGAAAACGACGAGGAUUACAAAGCAGCAAUUGGCAAGGGGAAAGGAGCGAAGUAUCUUGAAAAAGGUAAUGCAGAAAAAGGAAUAUUAAAAGCACAUUUUGUUGAAGAGGUUCUAAAGGGAGCUAUGUCCUAUCUUCAAGAAAAUCAUUUGGUCAAAGCUAAAGACGUUAUUCAAGGAGUGCAACAGUUUAUUGCUCAGGAUAAUACAUUAAAAGAUAAACGUGCCACAGCUGAACAAUUGCUCAAUGGAGCUUUUGGCUAUCUUGAACAAGAGAAAUCAGGGAAAGCGCAAAAAAUAAUCCAAGAAGCCAUAGAGUAUCUUCAAAACGAUGAGGAUGUCAAAGCAGCAAAUAAAGUCUUUAAAGAAGCAGAAGCUAAGGCAGCUAAGGUGACAGGAAGGAAGCAUUCUAAAACAAACAAUGGAGCUAAACAUGAUGGUUCAGAGCUCUAA